AUGUCGCAGUUCUCCUCGAAGCCCAUCGUCGUCGAUGCCAAGGGGCACCUGCUCGGUCGCCUUGCGUCGACGCUGGCCAAGCAGGCCCUGUCCGGCCAGAAGAUCACCGUCGUGCGCUGCGAGGAGAUCAACGUUUCGGGUAGCUUCUUCCGCAACAAGCUGCGCUACCACGCCUACCUGCACAAGCGCCACCUUGUCAACCCGACGCGUGCCGGUCCCUUCCACUUCCGCGCCCCCUCGCGCAUCCUCUACAAGGCCAUCCGCGGCAUGAUCCCGCACAAGACGGCCCGCGGUGCCGCCGCUCUGGAGCGCCUGAAGCUCUACGAGGGCAUGCCGCCGCCGUUUGACCGCCAGAAGAAGGUCGUCAUCCCGGCUGCUCUGCGCGCCCUGCGCCUCAAGCCGGGACGCAAGUACUGCACGAUCAAGCGGAUCUCGCACGAGGUCGGCUGGGGCUACAAGGACGUCGUCGACAAGCUCGAGGCGAAGCGAAAGGUCAAGGGCGAGGCCUUCCACGCGCAGCGCAAGGCCGCCGUCAAGAAGCAGGCGCAGGCCGCUACCAACGCCGGCUCGGCCAUUGCCGAGGUCAACCAGCGCCUGGCCGUGUACGGCCUGUAA